AUGGAAAACCUUAUGCUUUGUCUCUGUCUCCCUCUAAUGGCAUUCAUAUCAGCUCUCAUAUUUCUACUCCGACCCUCCACAAAGCUUCCCCCAAGUCCCCCUUUUUCCCUCCCAAUUAUAGGCCAUCUCUAUCUCCUAAAGCGUCCCGUCCAUCAAACCCUUCAAAAGCUUUCUAACAAGUAUGGCCAUGUCUUCACUCUCCGCUUAGGCUCUCAACUCGUUGUCGUUGUCUCGUCUCCUUCGGUGGUUAAAGAAUGCUUCACAAUGAAUGAUAUCAUUCUAGCAAAUCGACCAAGCUCGAACAUUAUCAAGCACUUGACUUACAACAACACGAUCUUUUCGGCGUCCCCAUAUGGCGAUCAUUGGCGCGAACUCCGCCGAAUUAGCACCAUAGAGAUAUUCUCAGCCACUCGCCUUAAUAUGUUCUUGGAGACAAGGAAGGACGAAAUCAAACACCUACUUGGUAAAUUGUGUUGCAUUUCAAGUGAUAGCUUUGUGAGAGUUGAGAUGAGUUCCAUGAUUUCUGAGUUGUCGUCAAAUAUUGUGAUGAGAAUGGUGAUGGGGAAGAGGUUUUAUGGAGAGGGUGUGUCGGAUUUGGAACAAGCGAGGAAAUUUAGAGAUAUUGUGAAGCAAGUUAUGCAAAAAUGUGGGAGUUUUGAUUCAAGAAGUUUUAUUCCAUUGUUGAAUUGGAUAGAUAUUACUCAUUAUGAGAAGAGGAUAAUAAAACUUGGACAAAGGAAUGAUGAAUUCUUGCAAGGCUUGAUUGAUGAGCAUAGGAAUCAAAAGGAAGAAGGAAGAAAUACUAUGAUUGAUCAUUUACUUUCUUUGCAACAAUCCCAACUUGAUUUCAUGAGCGACCAAGUUAUCAAAGGCCUUAUAACGGUAAUAUUGCUUGCAGGCACGGACACAAUAGCCGUGACUAUAGAAUGGGCACUAUCUCAUUUGCUCAACAAUCCGAAUGUGUUAAAAAAGGCUAGGAUUGAAUUGGACUCGAUUAUUGGACAAGAGCGAUUGGUUGAGGAAUCAGAUAUGUCGAAAUUGAGUUAUUUGCAAGGAGUAAUAUCCGAGACUCUACGAUUAAACCCUGCAGCUCCUUUACUCGUGCCACAUUAUGCAUCUGAAAAUUGCUCGAUAGCGGGCUAUGAAAUCCCCCGCGAUACAAUCAUCUUGAUUAAUGCUUGGGCUAUACAUAGAGAUCCAAAUAUUUGGGAAGAUGCAAAUACAUUUAACCCUGAAAGAUAUAAAAUUACCAUGGUAGAUGAUUUGUAUAAGCUAAUUCCUUUCGGCUUGGGGAGGAGAGCUUGCCCUGGUGUGGGAAUGGCCCAUCGGGUGGUUGGUUUGUCUUUGGCAUCAUUGAUUCAAUGCUUUGAAUGGAAGAGAGUGAGUAGUGAACUGGUUGACAUGACUGAGGGCGUAGGGCUCACCAUUCCUAGAGCUCAACCAUUGGAAGCCAUGUGUAAAUCGCGACCAAUUGUAGAAAGGGUUCUCAUGUAG